AUGUCGUUACAAAAGUUUCCCGUGGUUGCUACCAAGGGAUUGACCGAUGCAAUCGGUAACACUCCGUUAAUUAAGCUUACAAAGCUCUCACAGCAAGUAGGAAGAAAUAUCUGGGGUAAGGCAGAAUUCCAAAACCCUGGUGGCUCGGUUAAGGAUCGUGCUGCAUUGUAUCUGAUUCAAGAAGCUGAGAGGCUAGGUCAGGUUGACGGUAAGAAGGCUGAUCCUACAAUUGUUGAGGGUUCCGCAGGUAAUACUGCGAUCGGUUUGGCUCAUAUUGCUAGAGCUCGUGGAUACCGUUCGAUCUUCUACAUGCCUAACACCCAAUCUGCCGCUAAGAUCAACCUGCUGAAAUUUCUGGGAGCCGAAGUUUAUCCUGUACCUGUUUGUCCCAUUAGUGAUCCUCUGAAUUUCAAUAAUAGAGCAAGAGACCAUGCUGCAAGAUUACCAAAUGCUGUUUGGACAGACCAAUUUGACAAUCCAGCCAAUUGGAAAUCGCAUUAUUAUACCACCGGGCCUGAAAUUUAUAACCAGUUAAUCAACAAUGGAUUUUCCUGCGAUGCUUUCACCUGCUCGACUGGUACCGGUGGUACUUUCACUGGUGUAGCUCGAUACUUAGAGGAAACCACCAAUGGAAAAUGUAAAUUGGUAGCAGCUGAUCCCCCAGGAUCCGUGAUUUACUCUUAUGUUAAGAAAGGUACAAUGGAUCGCGAAGGCUCUUCUUUCACCGAAGGGAUUGGCCAAGGCAGGAUCACAAAAAACUUGGAAGCCUCCAUGGAUAUUAUCGAUGAUGCUGUCUUUAUCCCAGAUGAAGAAUCCAUCGUUAUGCUAUACAGAUUGUUGGAUGAAGAAGGACUGUAUCUAGGUGGUACCUCAGCGCUCAACGUUGUUGCGGCCUGUAAAGUAGCAAAGGAGCUUCCUGAAGGUGCUAAUGUGGCAACCAUUCUCUGUGAUUCAGGGCACAAGUAUGCUGAGAGAGUUUUCUCCAAAAAGUGGCUAAAGGAGAAGAACUUGUACGACGUAAUUCCCAAACAAUUAUUGAAGUAUGCUUCAUUAGAUUAG